AGGACUAUUUUGUAAACCCACCCCGAAAUUAUUAAUUUGUAGCUACGCUCUUUCGUUUCUCAGAGUUUCUUCUUCUUUUGGCGCAGAACGGAUGAACAGAGCAAUGGAGCUCCAAACCAGCAACAAUGGCGGCGAGAUUUUGGAUUUAGAUGUCAAAACUGAGCUUCAAGAACCUAAUAAUGGUGGACAUCACGGUGUUCAUGAGCCCCAAGCCAUUUUCGAAGAUGUUGAUAGCGCAUGUUCUACUCCUUAUGUUAGUGCUCCUUCGAGCCCUGGCCGUAGCCCCGUCGGGGGAUUCUAUUACAGCGCUCCCGCUAGUCCAAUGCAUUUUGCCAUAACUAAGUCCUCGAACUCCUCUGCUCAGUUGUCGUCGUCUUCGUUGAAGGAUGGCCAUUCGUGUUCGUUUGAGUUUGAGUUCUCCGGGAGGUUUGGGUCUAAUGGCUCGGGUUCGGUCGGUUCCAUGAGCUCGGCGGAUGAGUUGUUUUUGAACGGGAAGAUCCGACCGAUGAAGCUCUCGACUCACUUGGAGCAGCCGCAGGUUUUGGCGCCAUUGCUGGAUCUGGAAGGAGAAGAUGAAGACGAUGAAGGGGGCGAAAUCGUAGGGUAUGUAAGAGGGAGAGAUCUGCGGCUUCGCGAUAAAUCUCUACGGAGGAGAACCAGAUCUAUGUCGCCGUUGAGAAAUACGCCGGUGGAAUGGACGGAAAAUGACGAUGAAGAUUUGAAUACAGAGGGGUUUCUCGAGAACGAUUCAGGAGAGGGGAAAACGAUGGAUAAGAGCGAAGAAGAGGGGUUUAUGAGUUCAGAAACCGCCACUCCUUCAGUUUCGGCUUCGUCGUCAAGAUCUUCAUCGGCCGGAAGGAAUUCGAAGCGAUGGAUUUUUUUGAAGGAUUUUCUGUACAGAAGCAAAAGUGAAGGAAGAAGUAGUAAUCAUAAAUUCUGGUCCAACAUUUCAUUUUCUUCUGCAAAAGAGAAGAAACCAACAACAAAUCAAGCAACAUCCACUUCCACUUCAUCUUCAACAAAGCAAAAGGCUACAAAACCAUCAGCUCAGAAGGUGAAGGGGGGAAGUGGGCAAGUUCCGGCGAAGAAGCCUACGGCCGGAAAACCGACGAACGGCGUCGGAAAACGGAGGAUUCCGCCGUCGCCUCACGAGCUGCACUACACGAAAAACAGAGCACAAGCAGAGGAGCUGAGGAAGAAGACAUUCUUGCCUUAUAGACAAGGCUUGCUUGGCUGCUUGGGGUUCAGCUCAAAGGGCUAUGGAGCUAUGAAUGGCUUUGCAAGGGCCUUGAACUCCGUCUCUUCCAGGUAAAGAAAUAAGAUCAAUAAGAUAUAGCUAGCCUUUCCCAUUUCAAAGAAAAUUGUAUAGCAAUUUUUCCUUUUCCUUCUCAUGAAACUUGCUCUAUGCUAAGAUGAUGAUUAUAUUAAUGCAUUCUUGUUAUUCAUUUCAUCAUUUUUUGUUCAUCCAGAAGAGCUAAGCUUCUGAGAUCCAAUCUCAAAGGGGUCUUUGUAGAAUCUAGAAAUUAAUGGGGUGUUUCCUUUUGAACCCCACAGUAUGGCUGUUGUGCUAAGUUACUGUUCCUCUCAGCAGUGUAAUAUAUACCCUUUCUUCUGUCA